AUGCCUGGUAGCAGCUUCCAUACGGAUGCGUCCAAAAGCCAGCUUAACGGUGGUGGCCUUGGCCUUGUGGACUGCUCUGAGUCCAUGGUUGAGUAUCAAUUUGCAGACGAUGAGGGUGAAGGGUCCCAGGCUCAGCUUCGUUCGUUACCUUGUCCUCGUCGGAGCAGCCGCCUCAAGCGGAGAAGGGUUGACUAUAAUGAAGUGUCGGAUAUUGACAUGGACUUGCCAGCCAAGAGCAGCACUCAUGAAGAUGAGGGCGACUUUUACAGCGAUGGCGAGGAGGAGUCUGACCAGAGUUCCGGGGCCCAAUCCGAGACUGCUGAGUUCUCUUCACAAGAAAACAACGUUCCAGAUGCCUGUGUGAAGGCACCUGUGAAGGCGAGAUCCACGCCCCUCGUGCCCACGUUUACCGAAGCCGACCUGAUUUUCCCAUUGACUCAGCCUGACGAAUUGAAACUAUUGGUUCUCUUUGCCUCUUUGCCGCUUCAAUCCAGGGGCGACGAAGGUCAUGAGAUUGUCUGCUUCCACCCUCCUCCCUUUACCUCAAGAGGGCCAUGCAAAAGAUGUGCAGAGAUGAGGGACAAUCUAGAUCGUGGAUGCGAUGGCGGCUGGAGACGACCCAAGCAUCAGAGGUGCGAGACAGAGGAUGAAGCCGAUGUUGAGGAUAACGAGAGCAGCGAGCAUGGAGCGGAGGAUGCCGACGAGGACAGUGAGAGUUGGGAUUAA